AUGGACCAAGGGGCCAGGGUUCCAGUCUUCUCUUAUGGUUUUGACUGCUCCUACGGUUUUGACUGCUCCUACGGUUUUGACUGCUCCUACGGUUUUGACUACUCCUACGGUUUUGACUGCUCCUACGGUUUUGACAGCUCCUACGGUUUUGACUGCUCCUACGGUUUUGACUACUCCUACGGUUUUGACAGCUCCUACGGUUUUGACUGCUCCUACGGUUUUGACUGGUCCUACGGUUUUGAUUGCUCCGACAGCUUCUAUUUUGAAAGCUCAUAUGGUUUUGACUGCUCCUACGGUUUUGACAGCUCCUACAGUUUUGAUUGCUCCGACAGCUUCUAUUUUGACAGCUCAUAUGGUUUUGCUUCGGUACUACGGUUUAACUGA